AUGUUGUUCUGAACCUCCUCAAUUCUUUUUAACCAACACUGAUUGAUACGUCCAUCCGAUGACCUCGUUCUAGUUUCGCCCCAGAUUGGAGAGAUCCAUGUGAAGGAUUCUCACGUGCCACAGUGUCUUUGAGUUGGCGCUUGUUGUCUCCAAUCUCCAUGACGGUUUUAGGCGGCGGCGGCUGCUGCUCCUUUACCUCCACUUUAUUCUCUAUCUGCUCUAGAAUUGGAAAAAGCUCCUCCCUUCUUUUCUCUCCACACACCACCACCACCACCGCCGCGACUCCUCCUCCUCCUCCUUUCGAAGUCUCAUAAAAAAAAAAUGUGAGAGCGAUCUUCCACUUCCUCAUUAUGAAACUAAAUGGACGGCUGCGAUCAAACCUCUACGGUAACUAACUGCAAGUUCCUGGCCAUCCGUUUCUUCUUCCUCGCGUCUGGUGAGCAUUGAUUUACCUCGGUAUUGAUCGGAAGGAUGGAGUCCUGUGACUGUAUCGAUAUGCAAUGGCCACAUGAAGAACUUCUUGUUAGAUAUCAGUACAUUUCGGAUGUUUUAAUUGCCUUCGCAUACUUCUCCAUUCCCAUCGAGCUUAUAUACUUUGUACAAAAAUCAGCAUUCUUUCCGUACAGAUGGGUGCUUAUGCAGUUUGGUGCCUUCAUUGUUCUUUGUGGAGCGACCCACUUUAUAAAUCUGUGGACGUUCUCGAUGCAUUCAAAAGCUGUUGCUGUGGUGAUGACUGUUGCAAAAAUUGCUUGUGCUAUUGUAUCAUGUGCAACUGCUUUGAUGCUUGUCCACAUUAUUCCUGAUCUACUGAGUGUUAAAACCCGGGAAUUAUUUCUCAAGAACAAGGCUGAAGAACUUGAUAGGGAGAUGGGCCUUAUUCUCACACAGGAAGAAACUGGAAGGCAUGUUAGAAUGCUGACUCAUGAAAUUAGAAGCACACUUGACAGACAUACUAUAUUGAAAACCACUCUUGUUGAGCUGGGUAGGACCUUAGGCCUCGAGGAAUGUGUGUUGUGGAUGCCUUCAAGAACUGGUUUGAAUCUGCAACUUUCUCACACCCUGAACUACCAAAUACAAGUGGGAUCUUCUGUACCUAUAAACCUUCCUAUAGUCAACGAAGUCUUCAGCAGUGCUCAUGCAGUGCGUAUACCAUAUAACUGCCCACUGGCUAGGAUCAGGCCCCUUUUUGGUAGGUACCUGCCACCCGAGGUUGUUGCUGUUCGUGUACCUCUUCUACAUCUGUCAAAUUUCCAAAUUAAUGAUUGGCCUGAACUCUCUGCAAAAAGCUAUGCUGUCAUGGUUUUGAUUCUACCAACAGAAAGUGCUAGAAAGUGGCGAGACCAUGAAUUGGAACUUGUUGAAGUUGUUGCAGACCAGGUAGCAGUCGCUCUUUCGCAUGCUGCUAUUCUUGAAGAGUCUAUGCGGGCACGUGAUCAGCUCAUGGAGCAGAAUGUUGCUUUAAAAUCAGCUCGUCGAGAAGCAGAAAUGGCAAUACAUGCUCGGAAUGAUUUCCUUGCUGUCAUGAACCAUGAGAUGAGGACACCAAUGCAUGCAAUUAUUGCAUUGUCUUCACUUCUUUUAGAGACUGGACUAACUACUGAACAAAGAGCAAUGAUUGAGACAGUAUUGAAGAGUAGUAACCUCUUGGCAGUACUUACUAAUGAUGUGCUAGAUCUUUCAAGACUUGAAGAUGGAAGCUUAGACUUAGACCUUAAGACAUUUAAUCUUCAUGAGCUUUUCAGAGAGGUUGUUGGUUUGAUAAAGCCCAUUGCAUCUGUUAAAAAGUUAUCUAUGACUUUAAUUAUGGCCCCAGAUUUGCCUGCAUGUGCAGUUGGUGAUGAGAAACGGCUGACACAAACUAUUCUGAAUGUUGUGGGCAAUGCUGUCAAGUUCACAAAGGAGGGUUAUGUGUCUAUUGUUGUUUCUGUUGCAAAACCAGAUUCUUUGAGAGACUGGCAGCCUCCUGAAUUCUACCCGAUGACGAGUGAUGGCCACUUCUAUCUACGUGUGCAGGUUAAGGAUUCUGGAUGCGGUGUUCUCCCACAAGAUGUCCCACACCUUUUUACUAAAUUUGCUCAGCCACAAAGUGGAUCUAGUCGAAGUAAUGGUGGUGCAGGACUUGGGCUUGCCAUCUGCAAACGAUUUGUAACUCUCAUGAAGGGCCAUAUAUGGAUAGAAAGUGAAGGCCUUGACAAAGGUACAGUGACUACUUUCAUUGUCAAACUUGGACUCUGCAACAAUCCAGAUGAUCCAUCUGUACACCAAGCUGCAUCAAGAGGGCGAGCAAAUCAUGGAAGUGGAGAUCUCAUUGGACACAAGCCUCUGUUCAGAGAUGUUGAUUGGGUUGCUUCUUCCAAUCCACGUUAUCAAAGAAGUCUGUAGAUACCUAUAGAAGCGGAUAGGUAUUAAGAAACAAAGCUGAUUGGCAAAUGUAAAUGUUCUUUGUGAUAUGGUUUGGGGGCUAAUGGCAAAUGAAGGUAUUGAUGAAUAACUUGGGAGGCCUGAAUGUGAUAUAUCAGGCUAAUAUGCAACCAACGAGAAGGGCGCUGGUUAUAUAUUAAUACAUCCUACAAAUCACACCAUAGUUAGUUGUAUUUGGCUGUGAUUUAUGACAAUAAAAAAGUUUUUGAUAUCA